CGUCACUACAAUUUCUAUUUUUAAAUGAAAAUGAUUUCCUUUGCUAUUCGACCGUUAUAGUCUGUCCACCACCUCACCUCUUCUCUUCUCUUUUCCUGUCACGCUCCAUUCUUCCUUCUCGGGGCAGAUUCCUAUACAAAUAGGGAUAAGCGGAAGACGAAAAUGACUGUGGCGAGCGCCCACUGGAAGAAGGCCGUCAGAAUGGGUCUUUCGCUCUUCUCUCGCGGAUUCAACCCUUCCAAAUGCAAAACAAUGUCGAAAAUGGCGGUGGCGAGAGUCAAACUGCUGAGGAACAAGAGAGAGGUGGUGAUAAAGCAGAUGAGGCGUGAUAUUGCUAUGCUACUUGAGUCUGGUCAAGAUUCCACUGCUCGUAUUCGAGUUGAACAUGUGAUAAGAGAACAGAAUAUAAUGGCUGCAAAUGAGUUAAUUGAGCUUUUCUGUGAGCUAGUGGUGGCCAGACUUUCUAUCAUUGCAAAACAAAGGGAAUGCCCAGCUGACCUUAAAGAAGGGAUAGCAAGCUUAAUAUUUGCAGCGCCUCGAUGCUCAGAUAUUCCAGAGCUGUUGUCAAUUCGGGACGUUUUCCAGAAGAAAUAUGGGAAGGAUUUUGUAUCUGCAGCAACUGAUUUACGACCCAAUGCUGGUGUGAAUCGCAUGCUUAUUGAAAAGCUCUCUGUUAAGACCCCAUCUGGUGAAAUAAAACUGAAAGUUUUGAAGGAAAUAGCCAAGGAAUACCAGGUCGAAUGGGACACAACGGAAUCCGAGGCAGAGUUAUUGAAGCCUCCAGAAGAGCGUAUUGAAGGACCAAACGGUUUUGUAAGCGCUACAAGUUUACCUUUGAAACCAGUACCAAAGCAAUCUCCUGUGCCAGAUAUUGCAUCAAACAGAGCACCAAGCAAUAUAAUGAAUUUUCAAGACCUGGCAUCAGCUGCUGGAGUUGCUGCUGAGAAAGCACUUGCUGCUGCUGAAGCAGCUGCCCUUCUAGCUGCAUAUGGAGGCAAACCGAUGUCUGCUUCUCACCAGGGUGUGAAUGAGGCUAGUGUUGUUGGUCUGAAUUGCGUUUCUCAUUAUUCCACUGGAAAGUUGACACCGAAUAGUUUGCCAAAUUCUCGAGCUGAAUAUUCCACUGACGAUCAAAGAAUGAAGAAGGCAGAUAGUCCCGUAUACUCUCAUCAUCUCAAUGUCCAAAAUGAGCAAAGCGCUAAUGAUGGUGGAAAGAUGUUUCGCAGUCAAAGCUAUAAUUGUCGGAGAGCGGAAACGGAUAUCAAGUUUGAUGAAUCAGAUUGCGAUGAAGAAAUUGAGAUGGAAAAACCACCAAGCAUUGACACGAGGAGAAUCAAUCGAAGGCAUAGCUAUAAUAUUCCACCUGCUCAAUCAGGUGUCAGAUAUGAUGAAUAUGAUGAUGUUAAUGACGAUGAUGACGACCUGGGGAAGCUGGGCCAGCAGCCGACAAUGGGUACUAAUUACCCACCUGAUCGCCCAGCGCCACAGGUUCCAGCUCGACGUGUUCAUCCAAAGUUGCCUGAUUAUGACGCGCUUGCUGCUCGUUUUGAAGCUCUGAAACACCACAAGACACAGCCAAAGUAGUUCAAUUGCUGCUUUACAUUUUCGCCUUAACAUGUGCUUUUCAGUAUUUGUAUACAUCCUAACAAUAAUUUUUGCGUUAACAUAUGCUUUUCAGUACUCGUAUACGUACUAGCAAUAUGUGUGGGACAUACUUAUGUUUAUAUAUAUAAACAGAUUUUUGGGAGAAUU